AUGGAUUUAAAAGAAUUUAAUGAACUUGUGAAAAAAAGGGAUGAAAUUGAAAAUGAAAUAAAUGAAAAUUUAGAAUUUUUAGAAAAACCUGAAAAUAAAAAUGUAGGUAUGAAGGGGAAGUUAAUUGAUGCAGAAGGGUUUCCACGAAAUGAUAUUGAUAUAUAUAGUAUUAGGGUAGCUAGAAAUAAAAUCAUUUGUUUAAGAAAUGAUUAUAUAGAUAUAAACAAAAAAAUAGAAGAAUAUUUACAUAAAGUUCAUAGUACUCAUCCAAUAAUACGUGUUGAAAGAAAUAAAAAUAAAAAUGGUGAUGAAAAUUUGAAUGGAAAUAAAAUGUAUGAAGAACCAAAUGAAGAGGAGAUUGAACAUGCAAAAAAAAAUAUAUUUGCUAUAAUAGAUGAGAUUAUUGAUAACUCUCCUUCUCAUAAAGCUGGCUUAAAAAUUAAUGACUAUGUUUAUCAAUUUGGAGAUGUAAAAAAGGAUGAAAUUAAAGAUGAUGAUACCGUAUGCAUACUUAAAAAAAUAUCUGAUUACAUGAGUAAUAAUCCAUCAAAAAUUGAAAUAAAAAUAUUAAGAGAAGAAAAGAUUUAUACUUAUUGUAUUUUUCCUAAUAAAACUGAUAAAGGGUUAUAUAUUGGGUGUCAUCUAACACCUAUCAAAAACUUAAUUUAA